CACAGUGGCAAUUCUCGAAAGACAUGGCAGAUUGUCAAUGACCUGACCUCGCGUAAAUCAAAAAGAACAUCUGUCAGGGAAUUAAAUUUGAAUGGUAAUUCUAUAUCUAACCCAUCAGAUUUAUCUAAUGCAUUUAAUGAGCAUUUUUCGACAAUAGGACCUAAACUUGCUAGUGGAAUUCCAGUAAGCAGUAAUCAUACGAGUUACACUGAUUAUCUCAUUAACACUGACAAAAGGUUUCAAUUCACGCAAACUAACAAUGAUCAAGUAUUUUCAGUGUUAAGCAAACUAUGCAAAUCAAAAGCAACCGGUCUUGAUCAGAUCUCAGCCAGACUUGUUCGAGAAUGUGCUGAUCUUAUUUCUAGUUCCAUAACCAAUAUUUUUAAUCUUUCAUUAUUAUUGGGUACAUUUCCUGAAGAUUGGAAAUGUGCCAAAGUUACUCCAAUCUUUAAACAAGGUACACGGAAUGAAAUGAAUAACUACCGCCCAAUUUCUGUGAUUUCAGUAAUGGCUAAGGCCUUUGAACGAAUAAUCUAUAAUCAACUUUAUGCAUACAUGUUAGAACAUGAUUUGCUAUCCGAACACCAGUCGGGGUUUCGUUCUUUACAUUCAACGGCUACGGCUUUACUUGAGGCCACUGAUAGUUGGUCUUACAAUAUUGACCGCGGCAAUAUUAAUGCCGUGGUAUUUCUAGACCUGAAAAAGGCUUUCGAUACGGUCAACCAUGAGAUCUUGUUGUCUAAACUCAGAAACUAUGGAAUUCACGGAGUUGCCUACAAAUGGUUUAAGUCAUAUUUGGAGGACCGUAGGCAGAAAUGUUUUGUUAACGGGUCACUUUCAAAAAAAUGUAGUCUUAAGUGUGGAAUUCCUCAAGGAACGAUCCUAGGACCGCUCCUGUUUCUGGUAUUUAUUAAUGAUUUACCAAAUUGUUUAUCUAAUUCUCAUAUCUAUGUUCUCAUCCCAGAAUGUAUGCAGAUGACACUAAUCUUACAUAUUCUGGUAGCGAUACAAACACUAUUCAAUUUCAUCUUAACGAAGACUUGGAAAACAUUAAUGAAUGGUUAAUAUCAAAUAAACUUACUUUAAAUAUGACUAAAACUGAGUACAUGUUAAUUGGGUCGAGACAACGUUUAAGUACUCUUUCUGACAAUCCUUCUUUUGAAAUAAAUGGAAUUCCUUUAGAUCGAGUUUCGACAACAAAAUCACUUGGUGUCUUAUUAGACGAAAAUCUUACUUGGAGUAGUCAAAUCAAUAAAAUGACAAAACGAAUUGCUUCUGGUAUCGGUGCUAUUAAGCGGUUAAGGUCAUUUGUUUCAUUGGAAACAUUGCAUGUUAUUUACCAAGCUCUAAUACAACCACAUUUUGAUUAUUGUAAUGUCGUGUGGGGAAAUUGUGGGAAAACUUUAUCUAACAAACUUCAAAAACUUCAAAACCGUGCAAUGCGGGUGUUGACCUUUUCCAACUUUGACGCCGAUGCCAAUAGCUUAUUGGAAAAGCUAGGGUGGGAUGAUCUAAACCAACAACGCCAAUUUCAAAAAGCAUUGAUGGUUUUCAAAUCUUUAAAUAACCUUGCACCCGAAUAUCUAUGUUCUAAAUUUACUAAUCGCAAUAAUGUAACUUCUUAUAUACUUCGAGACUCCGUGAACAAACUUGCUGCUCCUUUACCCCGCACCAAUUAUCUUAAAAAUAGCUUUAGCUAUAGUGGUGCAGUGUUAUGGAACAGCUUACCUAGCAAUAUAAGACAAGCGGAAUCUCUUACUGAAUUUCGACAAUUGUUGAAACAUCAUAUUCGAUAGACACGGCAUUCAUGGAAAACAGGUAUAAAUAUUAAUGUAAUAUAGGCGUGAAAAAUUUUUUAAACUUAUUAAUGUAUAAAUAACUUUUUUGUAAACCUGAUGAAGCUACCGUGCUUAAAUAAAGAUUUGACUGACUGACUGACUGAUCAACUUUGGUGUUUAUGACGUCGAUAUUCGACGUCAUAAACACGAACAACUUUGGUGUUUAUGACGUCGAUAUUCGACGUCAUAAACACGAACAACUUUGUGUUUAUGACGUCGAUAUUCGACGUCAUAAACACGAUCAACUUUGGUGUUUAUGACGUCGAUAUUCGACGUCAUAAACACGAUCAACUUUGGUGUUUAUGACGUCAAUAUUCGACGUCAUAAACACCAACAAGUUUGGUGUUUAUGACGUCGGUAUUCGACGUCAUAAACACGAUCAACUUUGGUGUUUAUGACGUCGAUAUUCGACGUCAUAAACACGAUCAACUUUGGUGUUUAUGACGUCGAUAUUCGACGUCAUAAACACGAUCAACUUUGGUGUUUAUGACGUCGAUAUUCGACGUCAUAAACACGAUCAACUUUGGUGUUUAUGACGUCGAUAUUCGACGUCAUAAACACGAUCAACUUUGGUGUUUAUGACGUCGAUAUUCGACGUCAUAAACACGAACAACUUUUGUGUUUAUGACGUCGAUAUUCGACGUCAUAAACACGAUCAACUUUGGUGUUUAUAACGUCGAUAUUCGACGUCAUAAACACGAUCAACUUUGGUGUUUAUGACGUCGAUAUUCGACGUCAUAAACACGAUCAACUUUGGUGUUUAUGACGUCGAUAUUCGACGUCAUAAACACGAUCAACAUUGGUGUUUAUAACGUCGAUAUUCGACGUCAUAAACACGAUCAACUUUGGUGUUUAGGACGUCGAUAUUCGACGUCAUAAACACGAACAACUUUGGUGUUUAUGACGUCGAUAUUCGACGUCAUAAACACGAACAACUUGGGUGUUUAUGACGUCGAUAUUCGACGUCAUAAACACGAUCAACUUUGGUGUUUAUGACGUCGAUAUUCGACGAUGACAACUUAGAUGUUUAUGACGUUGAUAUUCAACGUCAUAAACAUUCAACUUAGAUGUUUAUGACGUUGAAUAUGUUCGGCAUAAGCAUUCCCAACUGAGGUGUCCGGCGCUUAUAAUAUACCACGGGCCGCAUGAAUCUUUAAUCCGACCUUAGAUGAAAAUCAGAAUAAGCAUUCGACUUAGAUGUUUAUGCCGUUGAAUAUUUUUAUGCCUUCUUUGGGGGCCAAGGUCGCCGUUAUUAUGUGCGGCAACAUUGUGAGACAUUAGGCGACAUUAGCAAUAUUAUUCCUGGUUUAAUGUUCUUGUUUCCUUGAUGUUUAGAUACGGAUCAGGGACGCUGACCAAGGUGUUUGUUGAUCGGGUUUUUCAGGAGUGUUUGACCUACGAUGGAGAAAUGGUAGGCUGCUCUUAUUGUAUUGUGUAUUCAAUAUACACGUCAUAAUUUGUAUUAAAGUUAUUUGGAAAUGAGAGAUAAAGCUGUUGUCCUUCCUUACAGGAUUACAAGACAUACUUAGACUUCGUUCUGGCUUUGGAAAACCGAAAAGAAACGCAGGUGAAUACUUUUUUCAUCCAUAUAGGGAAGGGUGAAUGACAGAUCACUGACCAAUGUUAAAUUCAGGUUAUUCCAUUACAAUCAUCCAUAAAAUUUCAAGUGCCUUCCCACCCCCCCGCGGAAUGCAUUAGCCCCGUACCACAGAAAAAAGAUCAGUAACAGAAGGGCCACUCAGCAGUGCAACGUGUCCUCAUUUUUUUAUGCAAAAAUGUGCUGUUUACUGGCCAGAAGGAGGGGCAGCCAGCCAGUACAGCGUGUUUAUUGGCCAGAAAAUGUCAUUGAUUGGCUAGGAAAAUGGCGGCCAGCAUGCGUAAUGCGAUAUGCGCGAGGACAGAAACUUCAAAGCUUUCGACGUAAGUGGCCCUUCUGUAUGGAUCUUUAUUCUGUGCUCGUACGCCUAUGGCAUCGUGGACUCAGUCAAUAAUUUUCGCGCACUUUUUGCUUCAAACUGGAUUUUCGACAUGCAGGGUCGUUUCCAGCCCGACGAUUUAGUCCCGCUAUGCAAAUAUUUUCGUGUUCAUUGACUGUGAAAACAAUCAAUUUCGGAAGAAAUUAAUAAUGAUAAUAAUUUUGAAUUUGCAUAACGGGACUAAAUGGACCAUAUGCAUUAUAGACUAAAUUUUGAUCUAGACAAAAAUUUCAUCACAGCUCGAAAGAUCAUCACAAAAUUAGUAAUAUUCCAAAGUUUCGUUGCGAAAUGUUGUAAAAUACGGAUAAUAUAGCCUUGCGAAGUUUGCAAUUUUCAGUCAUUUUGUAUUAUAAACGGGAAAUUGAUGCCCCAACACCCGAUUGGGCUGUCCAUUUCCCGUGCGUAAUACAAAAUGACUGAAAAACGGCAAACUUCGCAUGGCUAUAUUAUCCGCAUUUUACAACAUUUUGCAACGAAACUUUGGAUUAUUACUAAUUUUGUGAUGCUCUUUCAAGCUGUGAUGAAAUUUUUGUCUAGAUCAAAAUUUAGUCUAUAAUGCAAAUGGUCCAUUGCCGGCUGGCUACGCCACUGGUUUUAUUUAUAUUUUAUCUUCAACACGUUGAGUCGCAGCAGAUCACAUUAAAACAAUUGUUUGUUUAUUUUUCUAGUCAUUGCAGUACUUAUUUCGUAUGCUUGAUAUUCAGAGCCUGGGUUAUCUUAAUAACUUUGCCUUUAACUAUUUCUUUCGGGUGAGUGCAUGAUGUGACAAUAUUCUGGCUUUUUAGCCAGGGUGUCAAACUCGCUGUCCAAAAAAUAUUUUGGAUGUGGUCAAAAAGCAUGGUGCUUGAAAUCAAUUCUUAUAUGCACAUAAAAUAUAAAACAACGGUAACUCUGAAAAUAAACAUUUUAAUAUUCUAGCUUUCGACUAAGAUUCAGUCAUCAUCAGGAAUGACACACACAAGACACACAAUUCAAUUUAUGAUACACAUAAUUCAGCGUCGUUUCGGCAAUAUAGUGUCAAAACGUAUGCAGUAUACAUAAAGUAAGCAACAGCUGACAACAUUUGAGGUAUUCAAGGAAUAUCACAAAACUUGCAAGUUGGGCAUGGUGGAAAAGGCGGAGUGCGGAGUCUGUCCAAGAAUUGUUCAUUUCGCCUAGAUUCGAUUUUAAUGAGACUCCGCGUUUUCCACGUUAUGGGGGCAUAAAGUGGAAAACGCGGAGUCUGUCAAAAAAAUGUUUAUUUUUCCUAAAGAUUUGAUUUUAACCAGUCUCGUUAAAAUCCAAUGUAGGUGAAAUCAACAAUUUUUUGACAGACUCCGACUCCGUACUCCGUCUUUUCUACCAUGCCUGCAAGUUGCUGUUUAAAAAAAACACAUUUUCUCAGGCCGCACGUCACGGCCGCCUAGCCAAGUGCCUGCACAGUGUAACUUUGGUCCAGUUUUAAUAACAUGCAAGGUACAGCAUUGUAAUGUUUUCUGAUUUAAAUUUACGCAGGAAAUACAAAUGGAGAUGCAAAAACAUGGCCAUGAUCCCGUUCUAUUUCACGAUAUUCAGGUGCGUGUAGUAUCUCUCAGUACUUUACAUAAUGUAGUUCUGGUAUGGUGUUAUGUACUCAGGUGCAUGAAUAUGAUGUUUGUAAUGUUACUCUGAGUUGGUAGAGCAUUGGACUAAUAGCACAAAGGUUUCCGGGUUCGAUUCCCACCAUGGGCAGGCAAACUUCUAAGCUUCCUCGGUGUGGAUGCACACUCAGAGUAACAUCAGAAACAUCAUACUGUUGUCCUGUUUUCUACUUCAAAUUGUCGUAACGUACCGUUUUGUCAAUAGUGAGGUUUAGAAUUUGAUUUCCACUACCUUCAUACAAGUAGGAGACCAUUUACUGUCGUUCCAAUUGAAGUGUUGCUGAAAUAUUGAUUCAAUACAUUACCCCGGGCUGACCAAUUCAUUUGAUCAAGUUCCUCGAGAUAUUCAUACACUUCCUGUGAAAGAGCCAAUUCCAAGUAUUUGAUCAUUUCUGAUCACUUCCUUUCUAUUUAUGAUUGGUCAGUUGCACAAACAACAAAGGUGAUUGGUGCAUUCAAACUAUUCAACAGGAAGUUUACAAUUAUACUAGGAAGUGUAUGAAUAUCUCGAGGAACUUGAUGAAAUGAAUUGGUCAGCCCGAGGUAAUGUAUUGAAUCAAUAUUUCAGCAACACUUCAAUUGGAACGACAGUGAUCUACCCGAUGAACCAUUUAAUCUACCCUAAACCAGGACUUGUCGUGGUCACCACGGUUUCCUUUUCAAGCUGGGAGAGCCGGGUUCAAUCCUUGGUCGGACCUCUAUACUCAAGGUCUUAAACAAUUGAGGAGAAAGAGCUACCAGUAAAUGGUUAGACUUUCGCAUCUUCUCUGAUAAGGACGUCGAUAACGUAUAGGUACCUCGGAUCACCUAUCAAUUGGGCAAUAGCCUGUUGGUAAAUCCGCUCACCAAUGAGUGUCAGAGAAACUCGAUACAAAUAAACAUGUUGUACUUAGUCUGAGUUGUGAGCAACCCAAGAAAACCAAAAUUUUCGGUGUUGGUAAAGUCCAAAUGGAAGCGCUCACGGCUCACCUGAUAUGUGAUUAAGCCCGAGGCGAAGAAUAUCUAUACUGCAGAAUGGAAUCCCGUCGGGGGUGCCACCAGGUACCACAAUUACUCAUGGAAGCUUUAUUUUUAUACAGGAUGAAAUAUUUGACAUGGUGAAGCCCAGUGAUCCAUAUAAAAUAACGUUGCAAGAUCUUGUUAACAGGUAUCGCUUCAGUGCAAGCAUUGACCAAAUAGCAUGCAUCCAAGUAUAUAUAGAGAGAAAGACUUGGAGCAAGUCUACCAAGUAUAUAGCAUCUUUGUAUUUUUCUUUAUGACUAUUGGACAUGCACUUCCACAAAACGUGACGAUAUUACCCUAUAAUACGAAGUCAAAACUAGGACUCGAACAUUUCCAUCCACAGAAACCUUUAACAUUCAGUUUUAUCAGUCGUCCCUGCUGAACCCACAAGUACAUAAAAGCUUCACAUGCAUAAUAGUGCAGCGGAAAAGUAAAAAAUCAUGCACUUUGUGAAGAAAGCACCCAAUUCACAGGAAGUGUAGACUUUAACAUGAUAAUGAAUCUUAGAUAGGAGGCAUCACCAAAAUUGAUGCUGACGGCUUAAAAUUUAGGAUUUCUUAUAUUCUCUUAUUAAACUUUAUUACUGUUUAAAAUUGUGAAAUUGCAGGUUCACAUAUAGCAAAAAUGACUCGCAUGAUUAGAAAGCUUACAAAAAACUACAUAUAAGACUUUUAAACGGCUGAUUGAUUUUCCAAGCGGUUUUCCAGUUAUUAGACGGUUUUAGAUAACAAGACGCGGACGUCAAGAGGACGUGAAAAUGACGUAUGCACCUCGCGUUCACUUCCGGGUUUUAAUCUGGGACGGCUUGUUUGUCUUUUUCGAAGCAAAUUUUUGCUUUCUUGUUACCUGUUCAUUUCUGUAUUGUUUUCAAUCAGUUGUCAAGAUAUCUACAAGAAAAGGCUAUAUAAUACUGGCCAAGUGUUUCCUGAUGAAUUAGUAUGGACAUUCAAUAAGUUUUUUCAAGAAAAAAGUUAUAUUUCGGUCUUUUGAAAAGUGAACUUUGUUGCAUCAAUUGGAAUAAAUACAACAGCUGCAGGUAUUGUUUACGAGCUAAUUGUAGCCUAUCCAAUCAAGUUUGUCAACUGUUCAGUAUAAAUAUAGCAUCAGUGUUUAUAUUGGUAAAAUUUAAUACUGUUUACGAUAGUUUUUCACGCUGGAAAGCGUUUUUUUGCUUGUCCUACUUUUUUGGCACUGUUGUGACAAUUGAUUGAGUUUUUACUGCUUUUAAGUGCUUUUAUUUUUCUAUUUUCCCACGUUUUCCUGAUUUUAAACAGUUGUUAAUAUAACUUCAGUUUAGUUUGUUCUAAAAUAUUUGUUUUGGUGAAGAUUACUAGCGGUAUUGAAGUGGUUAUUAACAAUGCUUGCAGUUUUGUUGAUUUGUUUAUGGCGACCGAAAGUAUUUGUCGAAAAUCAACUCGUCUAAAAUUUAGCGAAAUACAAGAAAAACAACCUUGUCAACAGAAAAACUUUAGCUAGUAUCAUUAAACAAUACAUGGGGAACAAAAUAGGAUGAUUUUCAUUAUGCAUAGUCUCCUAUUUUUUUCAAAAGAAGCAAAAAUCUGUGACGUUCUAGAGAGGACCUGAAAAUUGUAUUUUCGCGUCGUGAAAUCGUCCAAGACGACGUCGCAAACCAGAAGCUGACGAUAGUUGGCGCCAAAUGACGACAUCAACGUCCUCUUGACGUCCGCGUCUUGUUAUCUAAAACCGUCUAUUGCUAUUUAAAAACGUGAUAAAUAGGCAAAAAUCCCGCCAAAGUCCUGGACACUAGCCCUAAAACAUAUUUUCAACCGCUCAUAACUCCAGAGGAGUUGGAAAAUCAAAGUAACUGCUUAAAUGUCUUAGAUGCAGUUUCAGUUUGUAAGCUUUCUAAUGACGCAUGUCAUUUUUGCUAUAUGUGAACCUGCAAUUUCACAAUUUUUAAUUGUAUAAGAGAUUCAUAAGAGAAUAUAAGAAAUCCUAAAUUUUAAGCCGUCAGCAUCAAUUUUGGUGACGCCUCCAUAUCUAAGAUUCAUUAUCAUGUUAAAGUCUACACUUCCUGUGAAUUUGGUGCUUUCUUCACAAAGUGCAUGAUUUUCUCAAAUAUCUGUGCAUAUCCGCUGGACUAUACAGCGUGAUUUGCACGUGCAUUGGGCCUACAGAAGCUCCUUAUUGGCCAAUUUUAGCGUGUGAUACGCGCGUGCGAAUAAAAACCCGAUAUUUUGAAAAAUUCAAAAUAAAUAUUUCUACUGGCCGUAUUCAAACAAAAUUUUCUACGCGAAAGCGCUUGAAUACAAGGAGUAUUUUACUUCUAUUGACUUGUGACAAAUUCCGAAGAGUUCAAGAGAUAUUCAAGUUUUUCUCGAUAUGAAAUACAGAAUGUUUGGUCAAGCGGCAAGUAAUUAUGCGAUUGUUUUAGUUUGUGUGAUGUUAUUACGGCAUUUGACCCCCCCCCCUCCCCUCCCCGUUCGAAAGGUUAUUUAAUGAGGAUUUCAACGGUGGGUUAUUUUAUGAGGAUUUCAACGCAGAAUAAAGAUCUCGGCGCCAAUACUUCUACUCAAACAGUCAAACUGUAGUUCGUACUACUCAUGGCGCCUAGCAACUGUUCACUUAGUCGAACUCUCCGAUAUUUAGCGUCGAUUUUCCUCCCAAGUUCAGCGCAACAGUCUUGUAAGACAGCUAAAUCAUUCAUUGCAAAUGCGGAUUGAACCGUUUCGUGAAUACUACUAGGACUGGAGGAGCAGACAUUUCCGAAUUUUCCGUAGAUAUCUUUAAAUUGAAUCUUUCGACAAAGCUACAAAAUUACACUUCGUAUGAGUGCGCACUCGGAACGACUUUACGGUCUUUACCACGCGUCAAAUAUUAAUGGUAUUCCAACUAAUUGGACGCCCCUGACUUUUGUAAAUCGGUCAGAACUCCCACAGAUCAGUCAAAAUCGAAAAAAAUCGCUUGUUUCUAUGAAAAUGAGCGUCUAGACCAAUCAGAACGCUGGAUUUUGACUUUUUGACUGCCCAACUUUGUGUAUGUCAACUGCUCCUUGACUUGACUAAGCUCGUCGGCUCAGCCACUGUAUGAAAUUUGAUCACUGGAUUACAGUUCGAUUUGAAUGUUAAUUGUUAGCGCUGCAUGAUAAUAGAUACUGCACUGUUAUAAGGUGUCGCUGCAUGAUAAAAAAUAACUGGAUUAUUGGUCGAAUAUUUGAGACUUUAAUUAAUGAAAUUUGCAGUUUUUACGUUAGUCGCGUGACUGCAUGGUUUGACGACCCCUAGAUCUGCCCCUGGACCGUUGGUUAUCAUUUAUAUCAAUAUAUCAUUGUGGUUCGAUUCGAAUAAUCUAAUUUUAAUAGAAAAUAAUCUAUAACUUCCUAGCAAGCCGCUUUUGAGUUUCUCUUUGUUUCAUAUCAAUGUUUAUAUUGAAUUAAAUUAAAAAUUGAAUACAAGGACUGCUGCUUGCAAACAAAUUCAAACCUUAAUAAUUAAUUCAUAAUGUCAUUUCGUGAAAACAGCUAAAAAUUAUAAAAUCUGUCGUGAAGCUAGUCAUAGCAAGUUAGCAAAUGAUACUGUAAAGGAAACAAUGCAGUUUUAUACACACUAUGCAUAAUGCCCCAAAUUAUACAAUUUGGCAUCUGGCUACAAGCCUCGUUUUGACGAAACUCGUUUCCAGGUCCCGAGUUAUUGUGCAUAUCAUGUAUGUAUUGAAGAAUAUAGAAUAAAACACUUUUCUAGGCCUGCUACUUCAAGUACUGCAUACUUGCUAUGCAUAAUGCACAAACAAUGCAGAAUACAUAGUGCAUGUGUAUUCAAUAUCCAGAUUUUUCCUUAACUCGCCUUAUCUCGCCUUAACUCGCAAGGGUCAGUAGCCAGAUUUUUCCUUAACUCGCCCUAUCUCGCCUUCACUCGCAUAGGCUCGCCUAAUCUCGCGGCGAGUUAAGGUCCCAGAGUAGGCCUUGAUUUCCAGUGAAAUAAAGUAUAGAAAAUCCAUAGACUUUUCGUGACCGGCUGGAAUCGACUAUUGCGUGAUUGCCAUGCAUUCAACUGUAAGUGGUUUCCCUAAUAUAUCCAUACAUGUCCAAUAUCACGAUGGGUCACGGAUCGUGAAUAUAGUUCACGAUCCGUAACACAUGGUGAAAGUGUGAAACAAUCACGAUGCAACACAGAUCGUGAAUAUACUUCACGAUCCGUAACACAUGGUCAAACAAUCACUAUAUGACAGUAAUGCCACAGAUCGUAAACGUACCUCACGAUCUGUAACACAUGGUAAAAAACCUCAAGCUGUGCUUGUUUACCUCCAACAAUGCAACAAACACUAAUCAUGCAAUUGAUGCCCUGGCCACUAAAUCCGUACGAUCCGUGCACAUCGUGCGUAUGGUGAAAAUAAACAGAUAUUUUCAUCCUUAUUACCUCACAUACGUUUACAUUUUCAUAUAUCAAUGUGGUUUGUUAUUACUAACUUCUUAUAUGUUUACAUCUUCAUAUAUGAGUGUGUAUGCUUCGUUCUCCAAAAGGCGAAAAAGAAAUGAACAUAUAUUUUCAUUGACUGUUAUUACUUAUUACCUCAUGAGUCAUGUAUAUUAGACAUUUUAAAUUCUUAAUAUAUGAAUGCAUGUGUAUCCCUCGUUCUCCAAAAACCACAAAUUUUCAUUGCUAUAUAGUCCUGAUAUGUUUAUUGUUUAUGUCUAGUGCGGUUUGCCUCGCCGCAUCGGCAUUAUACAUUUAAAUAUUAAAGUUCACUCAAGCGGGAUUUUAAGUUACGACGCCGAGUAUCUGUCAUCUAAAUAAAGGCGACAGUUCCAUUGCCCCUUUUCAUUUAAAUAUUAAAGUUCACUGAAGCGGGAUUUUAAGUUACGACGCAGUAUCUGUCAUUUAAAGGCGACAGUUCCAUUGCUCCUUUUCAUACUAGAGACGCAUUAUGCGUCUAUGAACUUCGGCAAGCAUUUAUUAAUAUAAUAAACAGAUAUUUUCAUUCUUAUUACUGCACAUACGCGUUUACAUUUUCUUUUAUCAACGUGUUUUGUUAUUACAAUAGCUCAUAUAUGCUUACUGACAUCUUCAUAUAUGAAUGUGUUUGCUUCGUUCUCCAAGGCGAAAAAGGAAUGAACAUAUAUUUUCAUUGUUAUUACCUCAUGUAUAUUAUACAUUCUAAAUACUUAACAUAUCUAUGCAUGUGUAUGCCUCGUUCUCCAAAAAAACACGAAUAAACAGAUAUUCUCAUUGUUAUAAGAGAGACUAUUUCCAGUCGUUUCUCUUUAAUCUUUUCUUUAGAGCAGUUGAGAACGAAGGCCACAAAGUUGUUAAUGUUACUCUCAUCCC